CGGUCACGGCGCGUACGACCCUGGGGCUGGUAGCUCUCGGCUCCUCGAGAUGCCCUGGCGAGCUCCAGGACAGCCGCGCCUCGCGGGGACGGGGAACUACAUUUCCCAGAAGGCCGAGAGAGCUUGGGGUCACAGGGAAAGCGCCCCGUGCGGCACAGCUUCCCGGUACGACAGGGCAGCUUUGGGGGAUGAGUCGGCGGCCGCGAGGCCCCGGCGGAGGCCCUCUAGAGGUGGCCCGGCCCAGGGGACUUGGCGGCCCGGAGCCGAGCCAAUGAGCAGCUCUGUGGCGGGGCCCGACUGCUGCGGCGGCCUCGGCAAUGUCGACUUUAGGCAGGCAGACCUCUGCGUUAUGACCCGGCUGCUGGGCUACGUGGACCCCUCGGAUCCCUGCUUCGUGGCUGCCGUCCUUGCCAUCACUUUCAAUCCGCUCUUCUGGAAUGUGGUUCUUUUAAAACAUCUGCUGACACUGCCCCGGUCGAUAGACAUACAGUCCUGGAGUGCAAGGGCUCCGUUUGCUGGGCCCAGCUGGAGGCCAGCUCCCCGCACCUCUGCUGGCAGAGCGCCCCACCUGCUGGAACGUGUUCCUGCACCAUUAGCCAUACUCAAGGGACGCUGGUCCGCAACAGAUUUUCUCCACCUGCAUUGCCCUGGCCUUCUCUGUGCCUUUCAACUCCCACCUGCUCGUCCACACCAGAACGAAGACGAACAGCAUCGCUACCAUCAGAAAGUUUGCCACACUCCGGACGUGAGCUCUGAGCAUUUGUGUGCAUGAACUCACUUCAUCCUCACAGCAGUGCCACGAGAUAGUGUAUUAUUAGCUCCAUUGUACAGGUCAGGAAACUGAGGCAGAGAGAGGCACGUGAUCUGCCCUAGCUUGAGCUGGAACCCAGAACCUGGUGCUCUUCCCCAGUGUACUGUCCUGCCGGCCACCAGGGUGGAUGUCCAGCAGUUAGGCAUUUAGUGAACGUGAGAAAGCCUCUGUCUCAUUUCAAAUGGGGUAUUUCACAAAUCCACCCUUGGUGACCCUCUUUCUGAGGACAUGUAGGAAAUUUGAGAGGCAAAGAGGAGUGUGUGUCCAGAAAAGGUCCUCAUCAAGUUGGAGAGACGGCUCUUGAGGCCCCUGCAUGGACUCCGAUCGUCUCCUCCCCGGCCCUUGCUUUUGUCUUGUGGACACCCCGAGGGAGGGGCUGCUGCUGGUGCUUUCCGUGACUGAGGCAUCCUUGGCUUUGAUUAUUUUCGUUACAUUACACAUUUUACACCAAAAUAAGCACCAUUGUUAUGAACGACUUUGUAUGGUUUUCUCCCCAUUUUCUUUUCAAAACAUUCUACUGGCUAACACAAUAUCUGGCCUAUAGUAGAUGCCCCAGUAAAUGUUGGAUGAAUAGGUAGAUGGUUUGGUGAAUGGUGAAU